AUGAACCCGCAACUCAACUGGCUUGUCCGCAGUUACCUCCGAUGGUGUCCAAUCACUGACGGGAAGCGUUUGCUCUUGAACCUAACGAGGGAUUUGAUUACACCUGAGGACCCAGUUGCUAUUUUUGAUAGCAAGUACCAAUUCCGAUUGAAAGUCAACUUAGCGAACCCUGAGCACCAAUAUCUCUAUUUUUACGGCACUCAUGAUGAGAGGCAUGUCGUUACCAAACUCCUGAAGAUUAUUCAGCCGGGAGACAUCUGUUGGGACAUCGGGGCGAACAUCGGAUUUUAUACGUGCUUCCUCGCCUCACGGGUUAAAGAUGCUGGCGCAGUCGUUGCAUUUGAACCUGCCCUACGCACCUGUGACUAUCUCCAUGAGAAUGUCUCUCUGAAUCAGUUCGCAAAUAUUACUGUUGUUAAUAAGGGGAUCGGCGACAGCGUAGAACAACGGCAUCUCUACUACUCCGAGGCAGGACUUGCCGAAGGCACUGCUUCCUUAAAGUAUGUCAACGGACGGGCGGCAUCGGAACGCGUGACGCUUGACACGAUUGACAAUCUCAUCCGAGAACUACCGGUUCCGGAUUUCAUCAAGAUUGAUGUGGAGGGGUAUCAGUUAGAAGUGUUACGCGGCGGGGAGCACUGCUUAAAAACGCACGCACCUCUCUUAAUGGCGGAACUGAAAGAUGUUGGUGAAACAAAUCGUGCCAUGUUCGAAGAGAUAGAAAAUUACGUUGCAGAUUUAGGGUAUCAGCUUUAUGAAAUCAAGAAAUAUUCUCUCCGACGAUGUGAGAAGCUUUCUGACACGACGAAAAGAAAUUUCUUCUUAAUCAAAGAGGGUUCCCGUGCCUUUUCCAGAAUUUUACCGUGGUUAAAGUAA